AUGCCUCCAAGACGCUCCAAGAGUCUUAAAUGGCUUGCGGUCCCUGCAGUCUUCAUCCUCGUCACCUUUUACUUUAUCCAAUUCUCGGUUCGCCUAGACGGCCAGGAACGCACAUCUAUUAAAACAAGACCCAACUCUGGUGAAGAUUAUGACCAAAACGAAGACUCAAUCUUUGAAAACAUCCGCAAAAAUAUUCAAGACAAACAACCAUACAGACCCCCAGGAGAAGUUGCUACUGUCACCGUCACCAUCAAGGAAACAGUUACAUUUGCACCUGCUUCCUCCCCAGACUCUCCUAUCGACAAAACUGCAAACAGAGUCAACCCUAACUACAGAUGCGACCCAUAUGCCCGUCCAGGUUACUAUAACUAUGGACUCAAAAAAUCUGGUGUCAGAGAUGAAUCCCUGGAUCUCGCAAAGGAAAUCCUUGACUUAUCCUAUGUCUCCUUGGAUCCAGAAUGCCCAAUUACCUCUCCAUCCACUAGCUCGCGCAUCCGAGAAAGUGAUCCUUCAAUUGUCGGUCUCUCUAACAAAACAGUUGUUCUUUUUGGUGAUCAAUUUGACCGAGACUUUGUUUCUUACUUUUGCUCAGAGUUCCGUGGUCAUUUAAUAGUUUCUGCCAGCGAAGAUACCCAUCUCAAAACACUUACUGAAACUGAAAUCUCUGAAAGAAAAGCCCCAGAUACCCUUCCUCGCAGAUGCUAUCUUCCUCAAUAUGAUUUUUCUCUUUCUUCUUACUUUUUUUAUGCAGUCUCUAGCAGCGAAACUAGUCCCACCGAAGAAUCUGCGCUUUGGAACGAAGGCGGAUCUCAGGCUGCUCAAAAGGUUUUUAAAAUGGAUAUCCAGGCUCCUUACAAUUGGCAAAAGCGCUUUGAAAAUGCUUUGGCUGCAAUUGAAUCCCUCCACCGUACUUCCCAGGAACCUGACGUACUGAUCGUCAACUUUGGUCUCUGGGAUCUUCUUCGUUUCGAGCAGCUCACUCUGCGCACAAAAAUCUUAGACGAAGCCCAACCUCGUCGUCGUAAGACUCUUACCAAGUCCCAACUAGAAACUUAUACCGCCCGUCUUGACAACUUUCUGCAAACCCUGCGUGAAAAGUUCCCUCAUUCUCGCAUCAUUUACCGUCAAACACACUAUCCUCAACCCACAGUUUCUACAGCGACCAGCGAGUCUAAAGACCCCAAACAGAGUCACCGCAGCAAUGUAUUUGCACCCUUUAAGAUCCACCAAAUUUCCCAGAUUGCUCGCUCUCUUGCUUCCAAAUGGGAAAUCGAGUACUGGAACAUUGGGUUUCUCACUCGAGAUAUUCCCAAAUCAGACAUUCUUCAUGCCGAUGGAGUCUAUCCGAAUCAACCUGCCUCGCUUGCUCUAUGGGGAGAGGGACUCCUGGAGUACACAGUCCGCACCCCCAAGCUGUAA